AUGCAUCAACUGAGUGAGAUAUCGGAAAACCUACGAAAGCUUUUCGAAAGGGGUCAAGAAUCUUCCGACGCCCUUGAAGAAUUGACGCGAAUUGCUGCUCUGGACGGCUUAUCAGAGCCCGAGUUGAAUAUGGUGCUUGAUAUCAUCUUUGACUAUUCCUUAAGGAAUUCCCUACGCCUGUCCUUGAUAACCAAAUGUCUUGUCCCUGAUGGGGACUUCUUGAUUCAACCAGAGGUCAUUUCUCGGGUCUUGGGCGCUGUGGGUGUCUCAGAGGUCUACUUCCGGAAUGGGAAGCAGUUCAAGCUGAAGCGACUCCCACCCACGUCCCAGAACCUUCUCCUAGAGUGGUUGAUUUGUGCACUGCAUUUCUUUGGUAAGGCAUUGUUUGAUGAGCUUCACAAGCUUCUUCCCAUGCUUUUUGGCCUUCUAUCGUUUGAGUAUCUGCGGUCUAACAUCACCGUACUUAUCGUUAUUGGUCUUUCCCAGCAAAGAAAGUCAAGGGAUGCUUUGACUGGCCUGAAGAGAUAUGCCCUUAAACCAUGGCACGUUAAUAUGGUCGUCAACUUGUCUUUAAAGUUCCCAUUCGAUCCAUGUAUCAAAUCACUUAUAGCAUACAUGAAGCGUUUGAACCCUACGUUAGAUUUCAGGGGUGCGCCAGAAACAAGAAACUUGGACCUGCUGAAAUCAGAUGUCAUCCAGUAUCCAAACAAGGACCUAAAGAGCCUUUUAACGAGCAAGAUCUCCAACUCAAGCUCUUGUUCCUGGGAAACGAACGAAGUAAGAGACAAAGUUCAAAGACUUUUUGACUCUUUCUCGGGUCUUUCCUUCAAGAAGAGAAAGAUGGUAAUAAGAUCAUUUAAUGAUUUAGACUUGCUUGACUCUCCUUCCAAUGUUGAAAGCAUAUCUAUUGGUACGGUCGAGUCUCUACGUACUUUGGUUGAUGAGUUCGACAAGAUCUCUAUGGCAAAUCCGGGCUCGCUCUUCACUUUGAAUAACAUCGCAAAUGAAAGGCUAAGAAAGUACUUUCUUGCCUUCAACUUGUCUUUGUCUCACGAUGACCUGCCGUUGGUAAAAAAGUUCAUUCAAGCUGUGAAGUUUCAUGCAUUGUCUUCAGAGCUGUCAACAUCUGCUUUCAGCCAGCUCGUGUCCAUCGCUCUGACGGGAGAUUUCCCACAGCUUUCACAACCUCUUGAAAGUGCCAUCACCUCCACAGGCAUCAGUACGGAUAGGAAAGUGCGCCUCCUUCGCUUCCUUCAUCCUGACAUCGAGACAUUUCGGGUUGUGAUCGAGGAGGUGUCCAAACCCGACACUGACAGUCAUUGGAAUCUACUCUAUCAGGUAUUGUCCAAAACUUUUAUCAAAUGGUUCAUCCUCCAUAGCGAAUAUGGAUUUUUCCAGGAUGUAUACCCCACGAUACUCAAUAUUGUAAAGGACGUAUUUUUGCAUACUGAAUCCAGGUGGCAGCGGUUCAACCUAUUAACAAAGUUGAAGUUUAUGGAAUUUUUGAGAUCGCUUAGGCAACUCGCUUUCAAUGAUGCAGUGGAUGGUGAAGAACCUUCAGCUCUUGUUCCAGGUCCCACUUUAUUCUACCAGAUGAUCCUUUCUUCCAAUCCGUUCAUUCUUUCGGAAGCACUUGGUUAUAUCUCUUUUCUUCGGACACUAAAGUUUGAAGAAGGGGGCACUGCGUUGAAGCUUAGGAACAGUCUUAUCAUGGAUUCGAUCAACUUUGUAUGGCUUGACCAAGCUUUUAAGUUUGAUGAAGGUACAUUCAACAAGGGCAUGUAUCUUGACGCGGAGUACCUAAAGAAAGUAGCUGGUCUCAACUUCUUUACCUAUUCGGACCUCAUCGAACUUAAGAACAUGGGUGGCCUUUCACAUAGCCCUGGAACAUCUUACCUUGUUGCCGAAAUCAUAUGGAGCCUCGAGGAUGAGGAAAAUGAAAUUUCUGUCAGACAUCCCGGGCCUCUUUCUGAGGACUCAGUGGCCAUGUUACAACAGAACAGCGAUGUAAGAUGGUUAAGGAAGAGCUAUUUCGAGAUAAAGGUCGACCUUCUCAACAGACUAGAUAGUCUAGGAUACACUGGGCUAUGCGAUCUUCUAUUCUCUUCUUUAAGACCGCUUGCAGACCUUCGCCAGAAGAAAGUGACACUGACAACCGAAGCAGCAUAA